ACGAGGGAGGGGGUGAUAAUGAUCUAAUAGCAGCCAGUGAGCACACCUCUCUCUAUCUCCUGCUCAGUCUCUCCCACACACAAGGACAACGAAGGAGGUCACGUCCAUGGCUAACAUGAAUGGGACACAGUUUCCUGUCACUGCAGUGAACCCGCCUCUGACCAGCCCCAACCUCUCCAGCAGCUCUUGGCAAGAAGGGGCCAUCAAGGGAAUCCAGAUCACAGCGACUCUGCUCAUCUUUCUGGUGGGCAUCUCUCUGAAUGUGCUGGUGGUCUGGGCACUUGGACUGCAGCGUCACAGCCACUUGCAGCGCCGAGGCAGUGGUGAGCAGACGCGUGCCGCCAGCAGCUUCCGUAUCUAUGUACUGAACCUGGCCCUAUCUGACUUGGUGCUUCUCCUGAGGACCCCACUCAUGUUGGGCUACAUUGUUAACGACUACAGCUGGCCGUUUGGUCUUGUCUUCUGCCACUUCAUCAUAUUCCUGCGAGGCCUGGGGCUGUACGCCUCCGCCUUCCUUCUCUGCGCUGUUGCGUUGGAGCGAUGCCUGUGUCUGCUCAGACCUGUGUGGGCUCGCCUGCGACGGCCUUCCUGGGCUGUUCCUCUGGCCUGUGGACUCGUAUGGCUGGUAGCCACCAUUAUGUCUACCCCCUACUUGCACAGCGCUGUCCUGUUGGAAAUUAACGGAAAAUACCAGUGUCUAGAAGGCGGAGACUUUAACAUGGGGCUGUUUCUCACAGAGACAAUAGUAGGUUUCAUCCUGCCCCUGCUGGUGUUCCUGGGAAGUAACAUGGCCGUCCUACUCACCGUUCAGCACCAAGCACUGUCUCCAUCACCCACCUCCUCCAGCUCUUCAACUGCACGCAGGAUGACCAGGAUGUACCACGUGCUCUUUUUCACCAUGCUCCUCUUCCUCACCUGCUGGGUGCCCUAUUUUGUUUGUAGGUUCCUGGGAGCCUUGGUCGUGGCUCACCCUGAUUGGAAAAAGCUGUAUCGAAGCACGUUAAUUGGCAAAUACAUAUCACUGUACCUGGUGUACAUCAAGAGUGCUCUUAAUCCUGUGCUCUAUGUGUUUGCUGCCAGAGGCUUAAGCCGGGCUGUCAAAGCUUCACUUGUCUCCACGAUUGAGCGACUUUUCAACGACGACUCCACAGAGUCUAUACGGAGGAAGUCACUGAAGAACUCACGGAUGUAACCGAGGGGUCAACAGUGUGAGUUUUAGGUAAAUUUGUUACUUCAAAACAUAAAUGCUUUUCAUGUUUGUAAAGUGGAAAAUGUAGAUGUUGCUUUUAAUUGGUUGAUUCCUCCAAUAGUGAAGAUUGCUCCUAUCCAAUCCAAAAAGGGAGCAGAGUAAAGAUGAGAAAGAGGUUUGAGGAAUUUUCAGGCCAGUCUUUUCCAGACCAGUGUGACGGGCCCAGCAGAUGGAAAAAUUUGUGGAUCUCGUGACCUAUAUGUAGAGGAGACAUUCUCCUGCUGCACUGAUUUGACUGUAAUCUGAACUGAUUGAGGCGCAAUAAUAGUUCGACUGCUCCCAUUUGUGUUAUUCGACCAUGUAAGAAACACUUCUGACAGGAGAUUAGCAUAAAAAAGUUUGUUUUAAAGGGCGUGGAUAGAUGUUGGCAGAAAUCAUAAUUUCAACAUUUUAGGUAAACACAGCUCAGCUCUCAUAAUUUGCCUGACAGACAAAGCCUGACAGAGGAAACACUGGAUUCCUCUACCCUGGAACAAGAAGAUACAUGGUCAGUAAAACCAGAUGACUGAGGACUCGAAAAAUGCCUCUUCUGUUGCGACACGCUGAAGGCAGGGUCUUACCUGGAAUCAAAAGCGAAUUCGUGAACCAUCUUGUAUGUCGGUUUGUGGGCAGGAAACACCUUCUUAGAUAUGAAGCCUCAGGCCCGAUGUUUGAAAAUUAGAGAUUCCGGUCUCCAUAGUAAUGGGUGCUUACAAUACAACAUUACAUAAUAUCUCACACGUACCGUCUCAGUAUGACUCAUGUAACAUAUACUCAGAAUUUCUUAUGCCUGUAUGAGAUUUCUAUGUUAAAAAAGGUCCUGAUCACAGAGUGUAUAUAAAGAUGAACCACAGGUCUCCAGGCUGAUACAUGCAGAUGACGACACAUGAGUCAGUCCCAGCUGUCAAUCAUGACAUUUCACACCUGUUUUAAUGGUAUGAACACUACCUUAGUUUGGUACAUGUCCCAUCCACUGACAUGGAGGAGGGUGCCCUAUAACUCAGCCAGCCCUCAAAGGGCAAUGAAGGCGAUUUGGCAUCACCUUUGUGGAACUGUUAUGAUAAAAACGAAUUUGUUUUUUUUACAGUCUAUGGUCCGUAUCGACCUACCGUUGCUACCUGUUCCUACUGAAUGACCCACUGAAUGUAUGACUGUGAGGAAAAAGCAAAACAAGCUUAACGGAAGUUGCACGAUUUUCGGUGACAUUGUGAAUGUACCACAAUCAUGACUGGAC